AUGAACAAGAAUCAGAAGGAUAAGUUUAAGGAACGUCAUAUUUCUCAUAAAUACAACACUCUUCAUACCAUUCCAAGGGUUGGCAUUCCACAAAUAUCUGGGUUAUAUUUAAAAAGCUUCUAUAAUGCUCUAAAAAGAAACCGGAUAGCGCUACCGACAAGUAUUUUAGAAAAUGAUAGGAAGUUUUGCAGUUCGUGUGGGUGUAUACAGAUAUGUGGCUAUAAUUUGGAGGCGAAGGUAGUUGAAAGUAAAACAGCCGGCUCUAUUACUAGAAACUUGGCUUACAAAUGUCUAAACUGUAAUAAGGUGAAGCUAUUUGAACUUUCAAGCCAAGAGGAUACUACUAGCGUAGAAAAGUCACCUUUUAUUGCUAAAUGGCCGAAAACUCCAAGUGAGAAUAAGACGAAAGGUGCGGUAACUAAGAAAACGGCUAAAGACAGAGCAAAAAUGAGGAAAAAUACAUUGAGUAAUAUGUUAGCAUCUAAGAAACAGGAAACUGCAUCUAAGAAUAAAGUGACUCUCAGUCUUUCUGAUUUCUUACAAAAGUAG